AUGAACCUCAAUUCAAUAGCAAGAAGAAAGAUAACAAUCAAGCUGAAUCCUAAACGUUCAUCCAAACCAAAACCAUCUACACCACCUAAACAACCUACUCCACCACCAUCACCUCCACCUCAAACUGAACAACAAUUAUCACCACCACAUCUAUCACCACCACAUCUAUCACCACCACAUCUUUCACCACCACAUCAAACACCAAUUCAAGAACAACCUAUUAUCACUUCAUCACAAAUAUUUCAAACACCACCAUCUACCCAACCACAAGUUCAAACCACUUCUGGUUCUUCAGGCUUUAAAGAUUUUCCUCAAGUUCCAGUGAAUAUUCCUCUUGAUGAUAUUGGAGAUUUCAGCUUUGUGAAUGAUGAGCAGGUGAAGAAGUUGGAAAAGAAAGUGGAAGAAGUAUUGGUUGAAAACAAAAAGUUGGUGGAUCGUGAAAAGAAACUUGAAAAGCAUGUCAAAACAGUUGAAGCUGAAAACUCGUCGUUGUUGCAAAGAGUUGAAGCUGAUCAGGUUGAAAUUGAUAUUCUUAAAGUUAGAAUUACAGAGUUGGAAGAUGAAAAAGCUCGCAGAGAUGAGCAGAACAAGUAUUUCAAGUUAAAGAACAAAGAGUUAGAGGCUGCCAAUGCAAAGAAAGAACACGAGAUGUAUAUGAUAAACAAAGUGUUAGAAAAUUUGCUUGGAAAAUUUGUUGAGCAAAAGUUUGAAGAAAUUGAAGUUAAAGAAGUUAGAGCUCGUUGUCAAGCUGCGAUUGAUGCUGAGAUGAAGAAUAAAGGUAAAGGUGUUGAAGGUGUUUCUAAUGUUUCUGAAAGAGCAAUUGUUCCAUCUACUGUUUCUGAAUCACCUGUUCAAAAUCCUCGUCCUAUCUCUGUCGUUUCUGAUGAUGUAUUUUCUGCUAGUAGUCAUAGUGAUGAUGAUAAUAAUGACGAUGGUCAAGGUGGUACAGGCAUUAAAGUUACAGAAGCGUCAACUGAAGAGAAUGUCGAUGAUUAUCUUCAAGACGAUGCUAAUGAAGAGCCUGAGGAUGCUACAGGUGAGGGGGAGCAUGUUAAUGAUCAAAAUGUUGAUGAUUAUGAAAAGUUGAUUCUGUGUCUAGAACCUGAUGUAGAGGAAGGUGAAAUUAGGCAUACUUACACAAUGGAUGAUAUCAUUAAGAUGACGCACAUUGAUGAAAGUACUUUCAAGUUUGAUUUUGAAGAAGAGUUGAAUGCGUUUGAUAUGAAUCAGCAGCCAGAUUAUCAGUACAAGUAUGUUGAAGAGGCAGGCAAUUAUGAUAAGGUUGAGGUUAAAGACUGCAGCGAUGAAGAAAGUGUGAAUGUAGAUACUUCAAACUUUCCAACGCUGGUUGAAUUUUUCAGUCAAGAGAAUAUUGAUGAAUUGAGAAGGAAAGUUGAAGAGUGUUUGAAAAACAAGAAUUUUGAUGGAACGACAAAAGAUGAAAGUCGCGAAGAAAGGAAGAAAUGGUUUAGAAAGAGUACUGAAAGAAAAUUCAAACUUCCACUGAAGUUUUAUAAGAGAGAUCGAGAAAUUUCUCUUGGUGACAUUAUCAGCUGGGGAUUCUUGCCACAAGUGAACGUGUAUGCAAUCAGAAGAGAAUAUGGGGUGCAGUAUUUUGAGUAUAUUCAGGAUAUCAUGUCUCUACCCUGGUGGGAUGUUGAAGAAUUGUCAAAAGUUAGAACUUUGAACUAUCCUAUCAGAAAACAUGAUGUGCCUAUUUGGGGUUUGAUGAAGUAUGAAGCGUUUAAAAACUUCAAGAACUGGAAACCUCACUAUCCAAAGAAAGUGAAGUGA